CUCCGUGAUAUGCAACUCACGACCGUAACUAAUGUAGCCGAUACUGAUGCCAACACAUCAGUUUACGAUGCGGUUUUGUUAGCAUCACCCGUGCUGCACUACAAGGUGAUUUUAAUCGUGCACAGCGAAUGAAAUUUUCGAGUUGGAUCAAAUCCUUGGAUUCAAAUUUAAAUCAUGUAAGCGUAUAAGAACGAGUUCUGCAUAUCAGGAGUUUUAUAUAGCAAUGGUCGCUCCCAUAGUUAAUACGGGAAUUCAGACAGCGAAGUAUUGCAAUGUGGCCGGUCUAGGCGUUUUGAUUUUUGACUAUUUCUUAACUCUCGAACCUGAGGUUCGAUGGACAUGGAACAGGCGCUGGAACGUUACUCGUAUCCUUUUCGUAAUUUCACGCUACAUGGCAUUUGUAGCAGCUGGCAUGACUUCAUACGCUGCCAUUGCUACACGAGCAAACGAGAAUUGCUCGCGCUUCGGCCAGGCUUCAAAUGCAAUUCACAUCAUAAGUAUCGUAUCUUCUGAAGGUCUUUUGAUCAUUCGUACAUAUGCAUUCUGGAGAAAGAACAAUAAGCUCUUGGCAGUGUUAUUGGUCUUGGCAGCAAUUUCCAUUGGGUGUGCUGUCAGUAUCACAGAUGUUGUCAGUAAUCUAGCGGCACCCACAAACCCGUCAGAUCCCCCCACAAGCAACUGCACUUUUGAAGCGAGCCGCAGCAGCGCCAUUCAGUAUGGUUUUCUUGCAGCCUACGAACUGUGUGAGGACAUCUCCUUUCCGUUCCAUUUAGCACGACUUUUCAAUCCCAUUCACCUAGUGCUGCUGUCUUUAACGAUUUUCAAGAGAUAUCAAGACUACAGAGAUUGCAACAGUCAUCUAGUGAAAGUUAUCUUCCAAGGCGGAGUGCGGUAUAUGACUGCCACCAUUUCUGUUUCUGUGGCGAAUAUAUUAGUCACGUAUAUGGUGCCACAAUCAUAUGACGAGAUUAUGGACUUGCCGCAACUUGUCCUCCACAGUAUGUUGGCAUCCCGUGUGCUCUUUGAUUUGCAUGCAAGUGAUCGGAAUGAAUGGGAUGAGGCGACAUUACAAAUAUCGACAUUUUAUCCAGUUUAGCACAAUCCAAGCUUUCAUUUGCACUUGGUUAACCAUCCUACAGUCACAGCACGUCCCGUCAGAACAUAUACGUAGCAUAACAGAGAUCUCGCCUAUCAAGGCCCACCAAAUUGG